AUGAACAUCGAUGAGACUUAUGAAGAGGACGUCUAUAUGAGUCAGGAUUUCGAUCCUGAAUCGCCCAUUUUUGUCAAUGAUCUGCUAGAACGUGAUGGGGGUUCCAAUGGGUUUAUCAUGGAUAAUAAGACCACUGAACAAUACUUCAUGGGUGACCCGGAUCCAUCAGAACCCAUGCUGGACAAUGGAUUCGACAACUUACACGCCGAAUCGUUGAUCCAGGCUGCCUCAGAAAGUGAUCAUACAAACACUCAUGAUAAAGCUGGCGACCUCAGCCAAACAUCGGGUGACCAUAGUAAUAUUUCGUUUUCCAUUCCGGGAGCUUUCAAAGAGAACAACUAUAUGGAAAUCGAUAACUCGCCACCUUUCACCAUUGACCUGGAUCUAUUCUUCGACUCGGCCAGCAAUAACAAUAAUAACAGCAAUCACAAUACUACUAAUAAUCAGUCGGGCGGUAAGGAAGCUUCUACCAGAGAAACAUUAUUUCCUCAUAACCAAUUCUUUAUCCGCCAAUACAAGAAUCUGCUUCUGCUGCUGAAUCAAGGACAUCUGCCCAACAACAAUGUGUCCCCCAACUCUAAUGUGGUGGGUUCAAAUGUCAAUACCCCUGUACCCACUCAGAACCCCCAUUUCGAUACUCCAAAUUCCGUCAUAAAUCCAAACUACCUCCCCUCCGAAAACCAAUACUAUGAUGACGCUUCUGUUUACUCAUCCAUUGUCAAUGAUAACGAAUCAGUCGAUAACCACAGCCAAUUUAAUCGCCGUUCUAUAAGCAUGACUCAAACCAACCUUAGUGUGGGACCGUAUCCACCGGUGAAUCCUUAUGCCAACGACCUUUCACCUUUGACCACAACCACCUCAUUAACACAUUCAGUGAAUUCACUUCAUUCGACCCAGCCAUCAUUUUUCUCUGCUCAUCAGUACUUACCGAGACACUCUCUUGAAGUACCGUUAUCCCAUAGAAAUUCGGUGGAUUAUAUUUCCAAAAAUCGCAAUUCGAUUGAGCCUUCAACCUCUGUACAACGACAACCAAGAGCAAAUAACAACAGGUACUUGAGUUUUACUAAUUCCAUCUCCAACUACAUUCCGUUCAUGGGUGAUAAGAAUAACAGUAAUAAUAACAACAAUAAUCAAAGAACUUCACCCAUUUCUGGCCCCCCAUCACCAAUUUCCAAUGGAUCAGGCUCAACCCCUUUCAUGAACCAGCCCGCAGCCCAACGCCAACAAUCCAAGCAUCUAAUUAGAAGCAUCUUCAAAUUAAAUCCUCAGAACGCUCAAGAGUCCAUGGAAAAUCCUGAAGUGAACGACAAUGAGUCUCCAGAUAUUGAGGGGAUUACUGAAGAGAUUACCGCUUCCGAAUUUGAUCGUGAUCUUAACGCUGAAUUCUUGGUCUUGAGCCCUACGGGAGAGGAGCUGGAAUUGUACGGCUUAAACCCAUUACCAAAUAACAUCAGCUCCAAAAAAGUGAAAAAACCCAAGAGAAGCAUUUUCACAAGAUUCAAAGGUCCUGUUAAGCAAGAAUCAACUGAUGAGUUGGAUUUCAACAACGAUGAUUCAAGUAAGCAUAGCGGAAACAACUCGUCUAAUCAAGAGCUCGAUGAUCCGCAAAGCUUUGAUUUUCAUGGUAAUAUGUCAAGAACUCCUUCAUCUGCUAAUACUGUUAGAACUGGAAAUAAUCUUCAGCCAAACUUGGAAAUCACAAACUCAAACGGCUCAUCUCACUUUCCUGAUUAUGCAGCAUUGUUUGAGAACGUCGGUAAACGUAAAAUGAUUGGUAAGAAUUCUACCUUUAAAAAUAAAACUAGAGUGAAAACAGAAAAGCUGGGAACGGAUACUUUUGAUGAGGAUAACGAUACUUCUUUUAUGAACACCAAGGUCAAGCAUGAGAAACAAGAAUUUGAUACUUUUGAUAACGACGUUGAUUCCUUUCCAAAUAGCAAGGUUCUGUUUGAAGCAUCAUCCACUGUCUCUUCAUCGACCACUGCCCAUUCUCGUCAUCCUAGCCAGUACGAGGACCUGAUGCACGACGACGAUGAUUAUGAUCGUAAUGAAAAUGGUGGGAACAGCACAAACGUGUUGUCGAAUGCCUCUAAGCGAAUCUUGGGUUCUAAGUUAAUGAAGCGUAAACCAUCCAAAAAAGAGUCGGAGCUAAAAAACAUCAAAACUAAGGUCAUGGCUGAUGGGGUUGAAGUUGAGGUGGAUAUGAAAACACUUAACUUACCUCAAGAUGCCCAGGCUUUCCCUAUUAGUGUGGUGAAUUCCAAAACUAGAACAAGAGGUCGUAAGGAGAAUAAGGAGGCAGAUUUGAGUGAUCUGACCAAGAUUUACUUGUGUACCUAUUGUUCUAGACGAUUCAAAAGACAAGAGCACUUGAAGCGGCACUUCAGAUCCUUACACACAUUUGAGAAGCCAUAUUCUUGUGAUAUUUGUAACAAGAAGUUCAGUAGAACUGACAACUUGAACCAACAUUUGAAGACACACAAGGAAGAGGAAGCAGCAGCCGAAGCCGCCGCUGCAGCAGCGGCUGCUGCUGCCACUUUAGGUGAAGCUACAUAA